AUGGCUUCGAACCCCCCAAAUACCAACAGGGUGGGCCCAAUUAACAUUGAGCGGCUGUCAAUAUAUCAAAUGAUUUUCCGCAACCGCGGCCCAGCCAUACAUAGCCUCCAUCCGCCGAUGACGCCUCCUUUGAAACUCAGUGCUGCAAUAUUUUGGGGCACCGUUGUACUGGCUUAUUGUUCAAUUAUCCUGCCAUUCACUAUCCCAUUCCGCUCCCGUACAAGUAGCAUGCUCCUUCUCAGCUCAUCUAACAACAAACGAUUAACGUUGGGUUAUCUACAGACGGUAUCCUCGUCCAUCAGGGUCUACUGCCUUCCCCGACGUUCGGAACUUUACGCGGUUCAAAAUCUGGACUUACAUCCCGAAGAGCUUCGUACAUCUGCGGCCAUAGAAUACUUCGUACCCCAUCCUCCCGAGGCUGCAGAAGGCCUCCACUGGCCGGCUCCCCUUUCCAAAUCUAUGCUCCGCCCUGACUACGCAUAUAUCAUGCAUGGUCCCACCUUUCCAGACAACCUCAUUCAGAUGUCGAUGUCGACCUCCAUCCGCAGUUCAACGUACGAUGUCGGGCUUCGUGCAAGCCGACAGGCUUGUCACCCCACUGGCACAUGGUGUAUACACCAACACGAAGAGAAACCCAACGGAAAGUACGAAUGUGAGCGUGAUAUGAGAAAGACCUGUAUAAGCAUAUCCCGUCACAACCAGCUGUCACCCAUCUUCGCUCUCCCUAGAAGCAGCUCCCUGAAGGCUCUCCCACCUCCCCAGACACCCGCUUACCGUGGAGCGGGGAGAAUACGUUCCACAAAUACCACACAGCCGCCGCCAGAACCCCAGCGAGAGAGAGGGAACCACACCACCGGCGCCGACGAUGCGUUUCAGCGGAUGUGGACUCCGUCAAAGUCGCAGCCCGCGCGGGUAAACAAGCUUCCCCCCGGACCCGCAUCCGAACUCCUUGCGCUCGGCCGGUCCGGGAGCCAGGCAACCUCAUUCCCGGGCCUCGAGCGGACUUUGUUCCGUACUAGACAACAAAGUCUACGAAUCUUUCAUAUAUGGUUCUGA